CAGUCGUUGCCGGUAGUAACGCGCGAUUACGCGACGACUUUGAAAUUGCGGUCGACCGAGUAAUAAAUCCGCCAGAGAUUUCCUCUGCCCUCUUCUCCGUGACCAUAAAUUCUAGUUUCGAUUCUAGUUACGAUGCUACAUGCAGUUAGUUCUGGUUGGUUCGCCGUUGUCAUCCAUCGCGUCUACUGAUUUUAUAGUAUCAAAAAGCAUAUAUUUUCUACAAAUGGCGAAUCAAAAGAAAAUAAUAAAUGUUUGGAAAGCUGCUGAUGCUGUGACAUUUGAUGUGGAUUCGACUGUUAUUAAAGAAGAAGGCAUUGAUGAACUCGCAAAUUUUUGUGGAAAAGGAGAACAAAUUCGUAAAUUGACAAAGCAGGCCAUGCAAGGUGAUAUGACUUUUCAGCAAUCCUUGUUCUUGCGACUGCAGAUUAUAAAUCCAAGUUUAACUCAAGUGAAAGAAUUCCUGGAUAUACAUCAAUCAAAUUUAAGUAGUGGUAUCAAAGAAUUGGUAUCAGAUUUACAAGCUCGUGGAAAAGAUGUAUUUCUUAUUUCUGGUGGUUUCCGCUGUCUUAUUUCACCAAUUGCUUCACAAUUAAAAAUACCAGACAAGAAUAUUUACGCUAACAGAUUGAAAUUUUAUUUUACUGGAGAAUAUGCUGGAUUUGAUGAGAAUCAGCCAACAUCUAGAAGUGGUGGCAAAGCAGAAAUAAUAAAGCAUCUUAAAGAAACAAAAAGAUAUAAAACUAUUGUACACAUUGGUGAUGGUUCAACAGAUUUAGAAGCGUGUCCUCCAGCAGAUGCAUUUAUAGGAUUCGGUGGUAAUAUCAUUCGGGAAAGUGUAAAAUCACAUGCAGAAUGGUUUGUGAUGCACUUUGAUGAACUUAGGAGAAACUUAUAAUUGUAAAAUAGAAUAUGUCUGUAUAUAUAUAAGUAUAUUAUAUAUUACAUGUGUGUGCGCACAUAUAUACACAUACAGGUAUGAAAUAAAUUAAUAUAUGCAUAACUACAUUUAAAUUUCUAAAAUAUGCAUUAUAUAAAUUCGUAAAAUAUAUCAAAUAUGCCAAAAAUAUAUCAACAAUAUGCCAAAUAUA